AUGUCUCUCUUUGUUAGAAAAGGCGCAGCGGGUAGGGUUAAUGCAGAGCGGCUUUAUGCGUUCAAUAAGACACUCAAAAAAGACGCUCUGCGUGAGAGAAGUUACUGGGAGGUGAGCAAAGACAGCCAUCCAAUUAACCGCUGGUCGUACCGUCGCUGGAAGGAGCGUAAUGAGGAGUUGUCCAUCUUUGAAGACAAACUGGAUAAAGUGCCGGUAGAUCAAAAAUUCAAGGUAAAGAAGCUAUUGACUGUGGCAAACAUCUCUAUUGCCGGCCCAAUCGUGCUGUUUUUUUAUUUCGUUUUCUGCUACUGGCGUCAUCGUCUCUGGGGCAUCACUCCCAUCGAUGGUGCGGGUGCGAUUGCGAGGGGUGUGCAGAACCUCCCAAGGCCACCCGGCUACUAG